AUGUCGCAGGCAGCGAUACGAAGGCAACAUGUGAAAGGCAUCUGUAAAGUGGUCGUUGCUCCGUCACUGGAGGACGGUUGCAUGAUGCUCUACCAGACUUGUGGUUUGGGUCGAAUGUCACCGAAUAUCGUGUUACUUGGUUUCAUGCAAAGUGCGGCGAAGGACCGAGGAGCUGUCAAGCUGGAGACGAGAAAUGCAUACCUGCGGAUCAUACAGCAAGCCUUCUACAGCGGCAUGGGCGUGGCCAUUCUGAGGAGCAACUCGAAAAAUCCAUUCAAUGUUCCAUCCAGUCCGCCUCCAGACACUGAUGGUUUAGAGGAAACCACCACAGCUGGUAGUACUGAGCUAGCAAAUAUCUCGAACAAGAAGUUUACCAUUGACGUCUGGUGGCUAAGUGAUGACGGAGGGCUGACCCUUCUUGUGCCGUAUCUUCUCACCCUUCGUGGGAGCCAUCUCAAGGGUGCCAAUCUUCGCGUCUUCACGAUAGCUCCCGAAGGCGAGUCUGUCUCCGCGGAAGAAAAACGAAUGGCGUCACUAUUGGAGAAGUUCCGUAUCCAGUACAGCUAUCUCCACGUUGUGCCAGCAUUUACAAAACCAGACGAGAAAACAAGUGAACAGUUCUACAAGUCGUUGGAGCCGUUCUUGGGCGAAGACAAAGAGGGCUUGAUCUCUAAGGACGAACUCACGAAAAUGCAUAACAGAAUUGCCAGACACAUCCAAACCGGCACCCUGCUUCGGAACUUCUCUUCCAGGGCGGACCUGGUGGUGGUGUAA